AUGGACUCAGAUUCAACAAAUAAAUAUAUUCCAGAUCAUCGUCGUACAAAUUUCAAGAACAAAGGUAGAUUCAACCCAGAGGAAUUACGUCGUCGUCGUGAAAAUCAAAGUGUUGAAUUAAGAAAAGCUAAAAGAGAUGAAACUUUAGCUAAAAGAAGAAACUUCAACAUCAGUACUGAAGAUUCAGAUGAUGAAGAUGCUUCAAAAAAAGAUGAUGAUUCUUCAUUUUUAAAUCAAUUACAACAAGAAUUACCAAGAAUGAUUGAACAAAUUCAAUCAAAUGAUUUCGAUUCUCAAUUAGCUUCAACUGUUAAAUUCAGACAAAUUUUAUCAAGAGAACGUAACCCACCAAUUGAUUUGGUUAUUCAAUCAGGGGUUGUUCCAAUUUUAGUCACCUUUAUGGUUAAUCAACCUGAAAUGUUACAACUAGAAUCCGCUUGGGCAUUGACAAAUAUUGCUUCUGGUACUUCUGAACAAACAAAAUAUGUUGUUGAAGCUGGCGCUGUACCACAUUUUGUUAGUUUGUUAUAUUCUUCCUCUUUAGAAGUUAAAGAACAAGCUAUUUGGGCUUUAGGUAAUGUUGCUGGUGAUUCCGCUCAAUAUAGAGACUAUGUUUUAUCAUGUAACGCAAUGGAACCUGUCUUAUCAUUAUUCAACACAACCAAAAUGUCAUUAAUAAGAACCGCUACAUGGACUUUAUCAAACUUGUGUAGAGGUAAAAAUCCUCAACCAGAUUGGAAUGUUGUCUCCCAAGCUCUACCAACUUUAGCAAAAUUAAUUUAUUCAGUUGAUGUUGAAACUUUAAUUGAUGCUUGUUGGGCUAUUUCAUAUUUAUCUGAUGGGCCAGCUGAAGCUAUCCAAGCUGUUGUUGAUGCCAGAAUUCCAAAAAGAUUGGUUGAAUUAUUAGGUCAUGAAACUACUUUGGUUCAAACUCCUGCGCUAAGAGCGGUCGGUAACAUUGUUACAGGUAAUGAUUUACAAACUCAAAUUGUUAUUAAUGCUGGAGUUUUACCUGCCUUAUUACCAUUAUUAUCUUCUCCAAAAGAGUCUAUUAGAAAAGAAGCUUCUUGGACUAUUUCAAAUAUUACUGCUGGUAAUUCAGAACAAAUCCAAGCUGUUAUUGAUUCAAACUUAAUUCCACCAUUAAUUAGAUUAUUAGAAAAUGCUGAUUAUAAAACUAAAAAGGAAGCUUGUUGGGCCAUUUCAAAUGCCUCAUCAGGUGGUUUAACAAAACCUGAUAUUAUCCGUUAUUUAGUCAGCCAAGGUUGUAUUAAACCAUUAUGUGAUUUAUUAGCCGUUGCUGAUAACAAAAUCAUUGAAGUCACUUUAGAUGCUUUAGAAAACAUCUUAAAAAUGGGUGAAUUAGAUAAGGAUACUAGAGGUUUAGCUGAAAAUGAAAAUGCUAUCUAUAUUGAAGAAUGUGGUGGUAUGGAAAAAAUUUAUGAUUGUCAGAACAAUGAAAACUCAAAAAUUUAUGAAAAAGCCUUCCAAAUUGUUGAUAAAUACUUUGCUGCUGAAGAUGAAUUAGAUGAAACUGGAUUAGCUCCAGAGCAAGCUGGUGAUGCUUUCACUUUCAAUGCUGGUGAACAACAAAACUUCCAAUUUUAA